GCCACGGCACAGUGCUCGCUCGUACAGCCUCUCGCUUACUGCCAGUGCAACUCCCAAUAAAGAGCAAGCUGCUGCUGCUGCUGCUCGUCCAUGUCCUCCCCUCAUCCAGCUCAGUUCACACCCGGCGCAUGAAAAAGCCACCCUCCUUUCCAGCCCAUUUAGCUCGCUAGGUAGGGAGUAGAGACAGACAGCGCGAGGAACAGGGAGCGCGCGGCUCAGCGUAGCAGAGCUCGCAGAGCAGAGACCAGUGCGGGGCCCAAUGGCUGCUGCUGGUUCCUUCGUGGCUUUCUUGGCCGUCUUCGCGGCGGCGGCGGCGGCGGCGGCGUGCCUGUCAGCGGCCGCCAUGGGCGAUGGCGAGCUUCUCCGCCCGGCGGGGACGUCACUCUCCUUCCGGGAGGGCUACACGCAGCUGUUCGGCGACUCCAACCUCGCGCUCCACGGGGACGGCAAGAGGGUGCACAUCACCCUCGACGAGCGAACAGGCGCCGGGUUCGCGUCGCAGGGCGCGUACCUCCACGGGCUCUUUAGCGCCCGCAUCAAGCUCCCCGCCGACCACACCGCCGGUGUCGUCGUCGCCUUCUACAUGUCGAACGGGGACGUGUACGAGCGGACGCACGACGAGCUGGACUUCGAGUUCCUGGGGAACGUGCGGGGCCGGGAGUGGCGGGUGCAGACAAACGUUUACGGCAACGGCAGCACGGCGGCCGGCCGGGAGGAGCGCUACGGCCUCUGGUUCGACCCCACCGAGGACUUCCACCGCUACGCCAUUCUCUGGAGCCACGACAGGAUCAUAUUCUACGUCGACGAGACGCCGAUCAGGGAGGUGGUGCGGACAGGGUCCAUGGGCGCGCAGUUCCCGUCCAAGCCCAUGUCCCUGUACGCCACCAUCUGGGAUGGCUCCAGCUGGGCCACCUCGGGCGGCCGCUACAAGGUGGACUACAAGUACGCGCCCUACGUCGCGGAGUUCGCCGACCUCGCGCUCCGCGGCUGCGCGGUUGGCCGCCGGGCGUGCGAGGAGCCGGGCAGCGCCGCCACCGCGAUGUCACCCGCAGAGCGGUCGGCCAUGGAGGCGUUCCGGGCGCGGUACAUGACGUACGGCUACUGCUACGACCGCCUCCGGUACCUGGCGCCGCUGCCGGAGUGCAGCGUCGGCCCGGAGGCCGCGGCGUUCCUCCCGUCGGGGGACGCCAGGGCGGCGGCGGCGUCGCGUAGGCGUGGCAAGCGCCACCGGGCGCGCGUUGGCGCGGACUCGGCUGUCUGAUGAUCGGCAGCUGUGUCGCUGUAUCGACUGUGAUGUGAUCUGAUCUAUGCUUAGGGUGACGUGCACUGGCAUUGUAGUAGGGUAACAGUAACUUGAGUUCCGCUGAUUAGAAGCCUCAUCACUUCUAGUCUUCAACCAAACUCUCCUCGCAGCAUUGAGAUUCCUUCGACUGUCAGUGGCUUGCGAAUUCAAUCAUGAAGGUUAACUAAA